CCUCUUAUAAUUUUAGAAAAAUAAUAUAACAUAUAAAAAUGUAAAUUAAAUAUAGAAUCCCUCACAAAAUGACCAUUUAUAUUGAAAGACACUUUACUCGUUUUGACAAUAAUAGGUUUAUUUUCCGUAUUCAAUUAAAAUAUAUUCACACACCAGAAUGUAUUGUAUGUAGACACAUUAGCAUCAAUAUUCAUUAACUCUAUGUCCUAGCCAGGAUGUCGUAUAGUACUUUCAAAUAAAUCAAAUAAAUGCCUACAAAUUCGCACCAUCUGCUAAAUGUAUUCACAAAUAGAUCUGAUUAUAUUCUGAUAGUUUCCUGUCAUUAGGAUAUUUAUUCAAUCAACAAAUAGUCUAAGGAUGCCACAGACUUUUAAUAAUGUUUUUAUAGUAUACAUGUCCUUAUAUAUCACUGAGUAUAGCUCAUUCGGUUUAGUCUGUUCCGACACGUUUACACGCUCUGACUUUAAAAUUUUUACAAGUGUUAUAUUUUCGUUUCAUCAUGUUUAAAUGCGAACAGUGCCCAUCGGAGUUUUCACGCAAGGACAAUUUAACCAGACACAUGAAAACACAUGAUAAAGUCUGCUUUCCAUGCGUGCAAUAUGCUAAAUCAUUUAGUUACCAAUCGAACCUUGUUCGCCAUAUGAAAAACACUCACAACCGUGUACGAUGUGAUAUCACGACUCCGCAAGUACAAGAUGUACAAGAUGUACAACGAGGUGAAAUAGAGAUUGCCCCGAACAUAAUAGUGCCAGAUCAACCAGCAGGCCCCUCAAAUCAGCUUCAAAAUUCGAAUAAUACACAAAACCAACAUUUUUCUGAAGAUGAUUUGUGUAUAAUGGACGAAUAUCAACCAGUACGACAGAGUGUCAUAUAGUUCGCGCCUCGCAUUGCUCCACAGAUUCAGAUUUCCAAUCAAAUUUUCGUCCCCGAUAUCCAGGCCGGUCGCUCGAACAUGGUGGCCGAGGACGAGAUUUGCAUGGCAGUUAUGGACGAAUUUGUAAAUGAGGACGAGAUUUGCAUGGCAGCAAUGGACGAAUUUGAAAAUGAAAAAGUUCAAGACGAUAAUACAGAUUCUUACACUACAUAUGUAAAUGGUAGGCUGCAUGGUUCCACUGCAAACACCACCUCGGUAACUAGGAUGAAAAAGGCUCGUAUGGACAUAGUUAUGACUCCUGGUAUCACAGAAAUUUCCUCGUCUGCGAAUCGAAAAAUCGUGUGGUAUUAUGUCAAAAAUAUUAACAAUGUUCACAAUUAUCCCGACUUUCUCCGCUCGCUCAUGCCUGAGCUUGAAAAUUUAUUAAAGACAUGUCUGAAAAAACACCCGAUAAAAUUUAAUUUGAAACUCGAGGCAGCAUACAACCGGCCCAAUGUACCAAACUCGUCGGAGAACCGGGCAUUCAAGACUUCGGCGGUAGAACUUUUUACGGAUAGUGACAUUAGUACGAUCAUUGAGAGGGCUUUUAUAAAGUUGUCGAAGGAGGAGGAAGAAUAUAAAUCACGCGGAGGUGGAUUUACAUUAGAAAGUAUAGAUGGGUUAUUGCUAAGUAUAUAUAAAUAUACACCAAUGUGCGGUUCAUCGUACAUAUCGUUGCCGGCGUAUAUUGACAGGAAACGGGCCACCAUCAACCCUCAAAACACAGAUCAGGAAUGUUUCAAGUGGGCGAUUUUGGCGAGGCAUGUGACGGGGCAUGCGGUAUACCGUAUCGGUGAAAAUUAUAGAAAUCACGAGGAUAAGUACAAUUUUGAAGGCAUCACAUUUCCCACACCUCUAUCGGACAUCGCUAAAUUUGAGAAAAAUAAUAGAAAUGUAUCUAUUAAUGUGUAUGGGUUGGACAAAAAGUUCCAGCCAUCACGUAAAUAUCCGACGUACGAGGUGUAUCCGCUACGUGUCGUUGAUGAGGAGAAAGCCAACCACUUUGAUUUGUUGUUGGUGACGGACGACGAAAACUCACACUAUGUGUAUAUUUCAAAUUUUUCUCGGCUUAUUAGAUCGCAAAAGACUGGACAUGAAGAG